CAGUUAACAACUAUAUGGCAGUAUUUUGGGUGUCAUACGGGGAAUGAAACGUCAAGAAAACCAAAUGGCCUUUCCAACAGUGCCACUCUUUAACCAAAAGAAAAGAACUCGUGUCCCGUUGACAUCUGCACCUCCGGCAAAUGAAUCCUUUAGCUUUAAUGAGUUCAACACUGCUGCGCCUUUCCAAGCAUCAGGAAGCUUUGGAUUCUAUCAACCACCCAAACCUGAAAAGACAGUUCAUCAAGAGCAGAAAGUCCAACCACCUUCACAGCCCCAGAGUCAGUACAGCAGCAUGAGGCCAGGGCCCAGAGGUGCUCCAACAAUCAGGCAAUAUGCUCCUGUACCACAUCCUUACAAAGCAGGGAACAACAGCACCAAAAGUGAGCAAACCAACUACUCAGUCAGACAACGUGAUGCUGUCGUUAACUCAGGAUUGAAUCAAUACCAACCAUCUCAGAACAACCACAGUGGACCAGCACGUCUCUCCAGGUCUUCACAGAUGUGUCAGCAGCAGGCAUCCUACAAACCUCCCAAUACCACUUUUAAGUUUUCCCAACGGUCGGCCUGUCCUCCUCAGCCUUCUUCAGUGCAAGCAGGAACCCAUCCCACCCCUCUCAUGCAGUCCACCCAAAAGUCCACCCAGCCCGCCCCUUUGAAAAGCCACCAGCAAUCUAAAGCCUGGAACUUCACUAACAGCUUCGGCCCACAGCCUGCAGUGUUAGAACGGAAAAAAGGCACAAAACCAAGCAACUUUCAAGUGAAGGCGCAAACAACAUUUCAGAUAAUACCAGCAAACGAGAUGUCUCUGCGGAUCCUCACAGCAGUGAUUAACGGGAUGAAGCACUGGAGCCAGUUUAGAGACAAAGUUCCAUAUUUAUUUGAGAUAUUUGCCACUCUAGACUCUGCUGUGACACUGGGGCCACAUGGAGCAAAGCAUUUCCUCAUACAAGACGGGAAGGAAGUUGUCCAAUGUGUUUACUAUGAAAAUGAGAAGGAGCUUCCUCGUCUCAUUCGUCGUCAGGUCCUUCGUUGCGUCGGUAACUAUGACCGCAGCAGAGAUGUCCUGGUGUGCGUAUCCAUCCGCCCGGCACUGCCUUCAGAGCAGAGGAACGCACAAGAGGCUGUCAGGAUCUGUGACGCUGAAAUGAGCGCCCUGGUCAAGACUUUCAGGGAAGCCUAG